AUGCGUAGGUGGGAUGUUUGCCGUAUUCUCAGAAACUGCGGCCGCGUUGCCGGCGCCGCAUUUCUUGGGCAUCAUCUCGCGUAUCGCCACCAGCUUCGCUCUCUGAAGAUGGGUCCACCCCAUACAGGCAAUGACGCCUCAUUGGCAGCGGAGACAAAGGCAAAUGUUACUGCGGCUACAACAAGGGCAGGAAUGAUCCACAACCUCCCCUCUGUCAGUGGUGGCGGCGAGGAAGCGCAUGGCACCGUAUCCCCAGUGACCCGAAAUGGCGCUGCGAGUGAGCAAGUUAUGCAGCUCUAUUCCAGCAACGAUUUCCCCUUCAAACUAUACGGUGAAGACACCCGUGCCUCUGUCAAUGACGCUAACUGUGUAUUCAGCAGCUCCACGACCCACAGCUAUGACCCUGCAGCGUUUGUUGUGGAGGCGACGGCGCGUGAUGGACAUGACUCCAACAGCGACAGCGUUGGCACUAGUGGCGGUAACGACAACAUGAACAUCAACGGAAGUCUGGCAGACCCCCGGCAAUUCUUUGAGGGAGACCCACGUCAGGAGCGGGCGACAGUGGCGAGCGUCGCUGCCGUCGCCAUGGCGAUGACCGCCGAUGUGAAAAGGGCUGCUGAGCACGUCCCGUCCGCUGUAUUCCAGCAACCCCCAUCGCAGCAGCAGCUCAAGGUUGACCCGGGGCCCGCACCGCUGCGGUUUUUGAGGAAACAGAGUCCAACAGAUAGUGGAAAAGAGGAAGACCAGCAGCGGGGAGCCACCAGCGCUGAGGAGGCUUCUCUCGUGGAGGAGAAUGACGAGUUGACAGGCACAGGACACGACAAGUCCACCACGAAUGGAACUGGCAGCAAGGGUCGUGUCUUUGUGCGGGAUCACAUGCGCAAUGCCGUCGUCGUUGAGCGUCUUCUGUUAUUUGCAGAGAUCGCCGCGCGCCUGCCACCCUGGCUACGGAAGGGCCUUGAGGAGGCCGGGUACACAACACCAACUCUUGUGCAGUCCGUGGCCAUUCCGCUCUUCAUGGAAAAGCGCGAUGUUGUUGGUAUUGCGCCGACCGGAAGUGGCAAAACGGUAGCCUUUGCGUUGCCGGCCCUCGCCGCCCUCGCGACACGUCCAACUCUUAGCAAUAGUGACGACGACGACACCAACAACAACAGGAGGAAUGACGGCAACAGAAGCCCUACGAAUGGUUCGGCGGAAGUGCUGGUAGGACCCGAGGUGCUGGUACUUUGCCCAACGCGGGAGCUAGUGCAGCAGACACGAGACGUUUUUUCCCAAUUGUCUAUGAAUUCGGUGCGUGUGAAGGCGGCUUUUGGCGGCCAGGACCGUGAGAAACAGCUGCAGCACCUCCAGCGAUGGGGUGGGUGUGACGUGCUCGUGUCAACGCCUGGGCGUCUGUGUGAUUUUGUGGAGGCUGGGGCUGUGAGUCUCAAGCGCAUCGACUUCCUCAUUAUGGAUGAAGCGGACCGUAUGCUGGAGCUGGGUUUUGCGCCGCAGCUGGAGUUUAUCAUGUCGAGCAUUAAGAAGCACAAGAGACCACGUCAAACUACAAUGUGGACCGCAACGUGGAACGCCACUGUUGGAAACUUGGCUGCACGUUUUAUGUUACCGGAGCGCGUAUUUCUCGAGGUGGAUCGUGCACACCAGACCAACACGGAUAUCACGCAGCGGUUGUAUGCCCUCAAGGAUGCAUCGCAGCGUAUCGAUGCCAUUGUGAGGCUCUACAGCGAUGGUGCUAUCUCGAAACGGCAGCAGGUGCUUAUGUUUGCCAACCGCAAGGAGUCUGCGACGCAGCUUGUGGAGAACCUUAAACGGGCGCUGCGGGCUCCGCCAGAUUUGGUGCAGUGUCUGCACGGUGGCAUGAAGCAGCGCAAGCGUGAGGCCAUCCUGCAAGGCUUCAAGGAGGGCAGCAUCCGCAUUCUGUGUGCCACUGACGUCGCGGCACGAGGUCUCGACGUGCCGGCGCUCGACCACGUCAUUAACUAUGACAUUCCCGCCGAUACGGACGCGUACGUGCACCGUAUUGGCCGCACCGGGCGUGCCGGUCGUCACGGCACGGCGCACACACUCAUCGUCGCGGGUGAUGGCAAUGCGCCGCUGAUUGCGCGCUACAUAGCCGCGCAGACGGGCAUCGCGCUGCCAGACGAUGUGCUUGCGAUCAUCCGCGAGGUUGAGCUGCGCGGGGGGUCGGCGCCGGAGCGGUACAAAUAUAAGAGUCACGCGCAGAUGGUGGGGCGGGAUUGGCGCCUGCCCUCCAAUCAGACGCCAACACUGGCGAAGGGCAGUCGAUACGUGCGUGGGAUCGGCCGCGUCGUGACGCUAAGGCGACCCACACCGCACAAGGAGGAAUGA